AGAGCCCCCGGAGCUCGGCGGCGGCCGCAGAGACAGCAGCGGCACCGGCGUGGCCGCUCCGCACCGCCGGACCCUCCAUCGCCGCCGGCGCCGCCGGCCCGUCCAUCACCGCCGGACCCUCCGCCACCGCCCCGUCCGCCAUGAACUCGCUGCUCUUCGGGGAGAUGGCCCGCGCCUUCUCUCCCGCCGCCGCCGCCGCCGCCGCCUCCUCCUGCCCGCUGGGCCCCGGCGGCGGCGGCCCCGCGGCGGCCGGGGGGGGCCCGCCGGUGACGGCGGCGCUGCGGAACGACCUGGGCUCCAACAUCCACCUGCUCAAGGGGCUGAACGUGCGGUUCCGCUGCUUCCUGGCCAAGGUGCACGAGCUGGAGCGGCGGAACCGGCUGCUGGAGAAGCAGCUGGCGGCCCAGCAGAGCGAGCGCGACCGCCGGCUGCGCUACAAGACCUUCUCCCGGGACCAGGCGGUGCAGACGGACGGCGGGACCCCGCCGCUGGUGCCGCCGCCGGGCCCCGGGCACGGGCCGCUGCCGUCGCCGCCGCACUACGGGCGCCUGCCCGGCACCAUCUGGAGCUACACCCAGGUGCGACGCACCGGCGGCGGCGGCCUGGAGACCGUGCAGGGCCCCGGCGUGUCCUGGGUGCACCCGGACGGCGUCGGGGUGCAGAUCGACACCAUCACCCCCGAGAUCCGCGCCCUCUACAACGUGCUGGCCAAAGUCAAGCGGGAGCGCGACGAGUACAAGAGGAAAUGGGAAGAGGAGCUGACGAGAAGGAUGAGCCUGGAAUCCAUGGUGGAAACCUUGAGAGAGGAGGCCCAGGAAGCAGAAGCUCUCCAGGAGGAGCUGAAUGAGAAGAUUGAGAGGCUGAAGGCAGAGCUGGUGGUCUUUAAGGGUCUGAUGAGUGAUCCCAUGACAGACCUGGACACAAAGAUCCAAGAAAAGGCCAUGAAGGUGGACAUGGACAUCUGCCGCCGAAUCGAUAUCACGGCCAAGCUGUGCGAUGUCGCGCAGCAGCGCAACUCGGAAGACGUUUCCAAGAUUUUCCAGGUGGCUUCCAAGAAGAAGGAGCGGAAGCUGCCGUCGGACGAGGAGCUGUCGGAGCAGGACGCCGACAACGGGAGGUUCUCGGAUGAUGAGGUCAGCUGCUCGCUCAACAUCACCGAUGAGAUGAAGAGGAUGUUCAACCAGCUCCGCGAGACCUUUGAUUUCGACGACGACUGUGACAGUUUAACGUGGGAGGAGAACGAGGAAACGCUGCUGCUCUGGGAGGACUUCACCAACUGCAACCCCUCCAUCGACCUCCAAGGAGAGGAAGAAAACCUGGGAAACUUGAUCCACGAGACAGAGUCUUUCUUCAAAACAAGAGACAAGGAGUACCAGGAGACAAUAGGGCAGAUUGAGCUGGAACUGGCCACAGCCAAGAGCGACAUGAACCGGCACCUGCACGAGUACAUGGAGAUGUGCAGCAUGAAACGGGGCCUGGACGUGCAGAUGGAAACCUGCAGGAGGCUCAUCAAGGGCUCAGCUGACAGGAAUUCUCCAUCCCCCAGCUCUGUAGCCAGCAGUGACUCAGGAAACACAGAUGAAAUUCAGGAUGAUUUGGACAGAGAGACGGACGUGGAGCCCAUGGUCAGCUGAUAGCAAGACUGGAAUGCUCCAGUCAAGGGGGAGAUGGAGAAGAAGAUUCCAAACCAAUUGCUGGGGGAAAGGUGAAAGACUUGAGAGCCCCUGCAGAGGGACUCUGAGGACUCAUUCCUACACGCAUCCCCUCCCAGCCAAGGAUUGGUGCUGUACAUUUCUAUUGUUCUACAAACCAUAAAUGCAGAGUCCUGUAGGAAAACACGGUGUUUUAAUUGUGCCUUUGCCCCAAGCUGAGCCACUUUGAGCUCCAGUGGAAUAUUAAUAGCAGGUGUUUUUAUAAAAUAUAUUAUUUAAAAAAUAAAACCACAAACAACCAAAGCUGGUGGCAGCAGAGGAUGGUGCUGCAGAGGCUCUGGGCACUUCAGUAAGCUGCUGGUUUUAUUGAGCUGCUGCACUGAUUGGCAAAAGCAACAUUGGCAAAAAGAGCAGCAAAACCAAGACAAUUGUGGUGCAAUUACAAAUGUCUGGCACAAGAAUAAAAGAGAAUUGCCUCCAAAUUGAACUGCAAACAUUAAAAACCAACAGCGGGUUUGGAGACGGCUCGCAGGGUGAAGCAGUUCUACGAAAUUCAGAGGGUUUUCUUCAUCCCACCUUCUGGGGUGAGGGAGCCUUUGGGAUGUGUCCAAGGUUUCUUCUGGACUCCAGGACCUGGAGGAGCAGGACUCAGCUCGGUGGCAAAGCAGGGGGGCACAGGAGGGGUCACUGGGGGGGGCUAUCACUGAGUAACUUCUAUGCAAAAACAAAAAAAAAGCUCGCCUUAUUUAUAUGGAAUGUUUGGUCCCUGCUGGGCUACAGUUAUCCCUUGGGAAAAGGAAAGCUAAACCCACAUUUGCACACUUAGAUGUCUGUAGAGCUUCUUUUGAGGUGGAAUGUUGUAUCACAAUGCCUUUCUUUCCAGUGGUUGGGUUAGGAGGGGAGUCAGCCCUGGUUUGUCUCUUUUUUCAGGGUUUUUUUUUAGUGUUGGCAGAUUUUCCUUUGCAGACAGAGAGCUAACUCCAUUUUUUUGCUGCUUCCAUGAUGUGUAGACUGGGGUAGGUGAAGCAUCAGGAUAAACUGACCUAGGUGUAGGCUGGAGACAGGACUUUGGGAGAGCUCCUGACCUCUGUUCUUGGGGAAAGCUGAGCACUGGGAAAUGCUGAAAUUCUUUUUAGGGUAUAGUAAACUGAAUCCCAAAGUGCUGCUGCCCUAGAACUGGGGAGGAACAGCCAUGAGCUUUCUCUGUGAGAAAGUGACAAGACCUUGGCUUUGUCCAUCUUUCUGCACUUUUACCCAGGAGAAGCAGCAUCAAAGGCAGACCACGCGGUGGUGGCUGAGGAAACUCCAGCCCCACCGAGCUCUUCACCGUUAGAAUGGGAAUUGUAGCACCUCAGCCAGGUAAAAACAGGGUAUAAACCUCAGCCAAUAACUUUAUGUUUGUUUUUAAAUCAAGAUGGAGAGCGUAGUUGAUACUGCCCAAAGCCAGCUGUGGGGUUAAGUGGUGGUUGGAACUCAGAGUAAGUACCAAAUGUGUUUGUUUUGCCUGCCAGGAGUGCUGUGCAGGGGCAGUGCUAGGGCUGGACAAGGAAAAUCCCGAUUUCUGCACCCUCUCAGUGUUAGGGAAAGGCAAAGUGGCUAAUCCUGUGGCUUCCUGAGUGCUGUUCCCAAGCCUCUGGAUCUCUGGAGUUGCACUGCAAGCAAGCAGCCAGUGCAGAUCCUGCUGCUCUAAUCCAUGGAGAGCACGGGUGUCCCGGAAAAUGGCUCAUUCCUGGCUGGAACCCCUCAGUCUGGCGUGGCCACGGAGAGGGGCAGGGCCCGGGGUGUUCCUGGGGGCACAGGAAUGUUUCCCCUCCUGUGCUGCUGCCUGGAGGUCAGCUCCACCUCCUGCCUGGACACAGCUUUGAGACCACGUGGGUCAAAGGAGCUCCCUGAGUUUUCCAGGCUGGGAAGGAGGGACCAGGCUGAUCCAUCAGCAUCCAUGGUGUGCAGGGCACGAGCUACAGCUGAUGGCUGCUGUCCAAGCCCAAGGAUAUUCCUCUGGUGUCCUCAGUGGUGGCAAUGCUCAGAGCAGAGUAGGUGACAACUCCUUGGCUCCUGGGGUGAGGGGCUUUCCAAAGCCUGGUCUGUCCUGUAAAUAACUUUUCUCUGGAAGAGAAACCUCAUUCCAAA